CACGCCUUUUUCCCGGAGGGGUACGCAGAGACUUAACGUACGGCAAAGGGCUGAAUUUUUAAUUCCCCGAAAUUCUCGAGGAACUCGUGGUCCCCUUAGCGAGCCGCUACACACCAUCGAAAGUGCGUAGUUUCCUGUUGGGACUAGGAUAUGGGGAUCACCCACAGGAGUAUUACCUUCUAGGGGAUACGAAAGCCAGUGGUCGGAACAAGUAAAUGCCAAUACUAAAUGCACUAUUAAUAAAUAUUUUAUAUCUUUUGCGAAUGCCUUCUUAGACCCUUCAUAAAUUCAUAGUUUCCAUAGUUACGAGAACAAAACAAACACAUACAUCAACCUACCCCAUUAUUUACAAAAUGUUUCGUGGCGAUAAUUCUCAUUCGUUAAGUUAUGAACAACAGGCAAAGUUCAUUCAAGAUCGUAUUACAAAUGUAGAAAAAAACUUUGGAGAAUUAUGUGUCGCCUUUGGAGACUAUGCAAGGAAAACUGCAAGGUUGCGUGAUAUGGGCGAUGAACUAAGUAAAGUCUUAAAAGACUAUGCUAACAAUGAAAUUGUUAACAAAUCUUUGAGCACAGGGCUGGAAAACCUCUCUGUUACACUGACUGCCAUAGAAGAAUAUAGAAAUUGUGAAGUUCAACGGUUAGAAGCAAAGGUGAUCGGAGAGCUGUGCCAAUAUGAGCAAAUAUGUAAACACGCAAGAGAAGAGUUAAAGCAUACAAUGAACGUGAGGGAAAAGGAGUUGGCAAGAAAAAAGGUACUAGACAAGGCGCGGGAGAGGCAACCUUUUAAUCGGCAACAAGUUACGUAUGCAGAGUCAGAACUAUUGAAGGCCUCUGCAGAAAUGUCCCGUACUGCGAAAAGUCUAAGCGAGCAGACGGAAUUCUUCGAGCGGCGCAAACUGCAGCAACUGAAGACGCUGCUGACUGACUUCGUCAUGGUCGAGCUGACCUUCCACGCGAGGGCCUUGGAGCUGAUGACCGUGGCCCAUCAGCAAAUCAACGAUAUCAAUGAUAAAGCCGAUCUCGAGAACUUUAGAAGAAAACUUCGCUCUCCUGAGAAACAAGUGAGCACGGGCAUUUCAGCGAGAUCCUCGUCGUUGGCGUCGCUCAUGAAUUUACAGUCGCCUAGUAAAGAUGAAGAAGAUAUGAAUAUGAGGAAGAUGAGAUCGCCGGAAAAAGGAUCAACUAUAACGAGAUCUAGUUCCCUAGCGGCGCUCAUGAAUCAUUCAUCAUCCAAAGAGGAGGAGGAGACAACGGAAUCUGGAGAUUCUGACGAAGACGAUACUACGGAAGAUAGCGAAUCGCGUUAGAAGCCCUUGGCAGUCUACCAAACCGUGUCAAUUUGUAGGCACUGGAC